CCUCUCCUUCUGUCUCUUCAGCAUUCCUCUGUCGACCGCUUCUCUCCGAUCUAGGUUUCCCGAUUCGCUUGUUUUCCUCUUAAAGGAAUCCAGAACCCUACGACUCCUCGCUAAUCCCUCCCCUGCCAUUGCCCAUCUUCCCGUUUUGCUCGUUUUCUUUGAUCAUUUUGGCCGUCUCCUGCCUCGUAUCUCUUCGAUUUUGGGGAGGAAGGACCGCGUCUAGCAGGUGGCUGUGGAGCCCCAUUUUUAUUUUCCAUUCCAUCGCAUUGCUGAAUCAAGUAAUUGGAAGAGCAAUGCCGAGUGAAUAUUCCUCCCAUCGUUUGGCAUUUCAGUUACCUUACCGCCUGUGGUUCGGUUCCUUGACUAGUAAGAAAUCGAAAGUUGGUGUUCAUUUUGCUUUGGAUUAGGGAUUCUGCUGGAUGAGUGACCUUCCAAUUUUGGGAACUUGUUCCCUUUUUCCUUACUGCGCAUUUGGUGGUGUAGUGGGUGGAUUGCUAGCUAUCUUUAGUGAAUAUUGGCUGUUAACUGAUGGAGAAUCCAUUUUGUGGCUGUUGCGGACUUUUGAGCCGUUUCUUAUGGGCUUUAAGGAGCAAUGUCUUGCAACCGAUUUGCUUUAUUGGUGCUUGCUAAUUGGAAACUAGGAGGUGUAAUUGUUGAAUUCCUAGUUAUGAAAGAGACGGUAACCUUUGUGGGUCUAUUGACCGAGUGACUGGUAUGGCGAACUUGGGUAGCUCUGGCAGUUUUGGCCGGAAAGUUCAGAGCCCCAGAGUUGCUGGCCAUCGGAAGAAUUGGGUCCUGGCUAGUUACAACUUCAAGACAUUGAUUGGAAUAAGUGCAGCAAUCGUUGCCUGUCUACUUGUGGGACGUGGAUACGUUUUCUUCGUCCCCAUUCAUGAACAAGCGCAAAGCUACAAAGAUGCAUUUGUUAAUGGGGUUGAGUCGGUGGAGGGCUGUAAUUUUUUUGAAGGGAAAUGGGUCAACGACGACUCUUAUCCAUUAUAUGACGGCUCUCUUUGUCCAUUUACGGAGAACGGCUUUAAUUGUCAAGGCAAUGGGCGUAGAGAUGACAAUUACUUGAAAUGGAGGUGGAAACCCCACCGUUGUGAAAUUCCGAGGUUUGAUGUGCAUGAGAUUUUACAAAGUUUGCGAGGACUCAGAAUUGUUUUUGUGGGAGAUUCAAUGGGAAGGACACAGUGGGAGAGUCUGAUUUGUCUUCUUAUGACCGGCGUGUCGGACAAAAAAUCAGUUUAUGAAAUAAAUGGGAACAAAAUCACGAAACAGAUCAGAUUUCUUGGUGUGAAAUUUAGUUCGUUUAACUUUACAGUGGAGUUCUACCGCUCACCUUUCCUUGUUCAGCAGGGUGUCCCUCCGAGACAUUCCCCUAAGAGGGUCCGAUCUACUCUUAGGCUGGACAGGUUGGACAAUAUUAGUAAAAGAUGGAUCAAUUCAGAUUUUUUGAUCUUCAACUCUGGCCAUUGGUGGAACUCGGUGAAGAUAUUUGACGUUGGCUGCUACUUCCAGGUGGGAAAUUCAGUGAAGCUCGGAAUGCAAAUCACCAGUGCCUACAGGACAGCAUUGAACACAUGGGCUUCAUGGGUUAAGUCAAUGGUCAACACAAAUAGGACUCAUGUCUUCUUUCGAACUUUUGAACCUUCUCACUGGAGUGAAUUCCCAACCGAGAGAGCCUGCAUAGUUACUCAACGUCCUAUGCUUAAGGCAGGAAAUUUUGCUGAGAGCCCAUUCUCAGAGAUUGUGGCGGAGGUGGUGUCAGUGAAGAGAGCUCCUGUUGUGGUUCUGAAUGUAACUUUCAUGUCUGCCUUCCGAAGUGAUGCACAUAUUGGCAAUUGGAGUGAUGUACCAUCGGUCGAAGACUGCAGUCAUUGGUGCCUUCCUGGAGUGCCUGAUGCCUGGAAUGAGAUUCUCCUUUCUUACCUGCCAAAGAAGAAAGGAGUUCCUCCGAGAUGAAUUGGCUUGUGGUGAUGGGAAAUUCUUUUCUAUUCUUUUGGAUGGAUGCACCCUUCCCUGCUGUGGUGGGCAGUACCUCAGACUGGUGUCUGGGGGUUUCUCUUGCAAGAAGCACAUAUAGCUUCAUCAUUCUUGCUUCUCAAGUAAUUUUUCCAGUAUUGCUUGGGAAGCAUAUCCGUGUCAAUUCUUCUACAGGGUACACAUUAUAGCAGCUAAGAUCGUUUCAUUUGUUGUUUGUUGUAAAUGAGUCUAAUACAAAUCAGUUUUUUUCAUUAGAUCGUUAUUUUUGUCACCAACAAGUUAAAUUACUGACUGAUGUGCCUUACAAGUAAUCUCAAAAGUGGAGGGAACGUUUUAUGGUUUC